ACAAUAUUCUGAUAAAGGCUUACCCAGUUCUAUUCCUGACUAAUCUUCAUUCUUGAACUUCUCGGGAAUAGCAGUUUUUGUUGAGAAUGAUAUUUGUAUACACAUAGUUGAAAUCGAUAUUUAUAUUGCAAUAAACAUGGAGAUUAUGGAAGAUGGAAAUUUAGUAGAUAGAGUUCGAAUAUUGCUCCAAAGAGACAUGAAAUACUAUCAGGAAAAGCAGAUGGUGUUGAGCGAAUCUAUAUGCGUAGGAAUAAGUGGUGGAAAACUGGACUUUCCAAGACACGCUUCCUUUGCGUCAACUAAGAUUGUCGCUUGGUGGGAAGCAGAAUUCACCACAACAUUUAAAGAGUCAUCGGGGCUCAGUUUUACAUCUAAAGAAUACACGGAAGCAGCUGAUUGCGCGGAAGUAGUCAAGCAUUCAGAGCCGUCCGAGUUUGUUGCCAUGAUAGUUGACACAUCGGAACAACUUUUAGCACACUUGCACACCUUGACUCAGGAAGCUUUAGAUCAUGCUGAUUUAACUGUCUUAACAGCUACGCUGGGGGCUGCAGCUCUAGUACGAAACUGUUUAUGGAAUUACGAUAAAAAAGUAAAAACAGUGGUUUCUGCGCAGGCAUGCAGCAAAAUACACAAAUGGUUUAAGUCAUAUCAAGAAAUGGCCGAAGCACUAGCUGAGAGACUUCUCGACCUGCACUGUCGACUGAUUUCAUUGUAUAUUUUAACUGAAGCCAAUUCCCUCGACUGGCAAUCCAAUCAACCAUUUUUCGAAAAAGAGCGCUGUUCUUAUGUGAUUCAAAUGUGGUGGCUGUAUAUGCAAGGUACACAUAAUACUCAGCAUAAAGCUAGAGUCCUUGUUAUGACUUUCUGUAUAUCCAUUGUUUUAGGCACAAAAGAAGACCUGUGGAACACAGUCCCUCCAAAAAUGGCGCAGCGUGUUUUUUCAGGAAUGUUGGACGAGUCCCUGACUAUUCUUACCGUUCGCUUUGUUCACGGUCAUCCCAGUCUUGCUCGGUGCCAACAAUUAUGGGCAGAUGUUUUCAACGUUUUGUGUUGCACGGCAAACUUGUCGCCAGCCACAUUUGUCAGUGCAAAUGAAAUGGUCGGGUUCAAUGUGAAUAGAUUGUCAAUUAUUUCAAGAGAUAUACACUCUAAGUGCGGGGAAUUGCUGGUUUCUCUGUUACUAAGAGGAACGCCAUUAAACAUACUAUAUCAGGUUCUCCGUGAUGGUUUAGAAAACUUGAACAUGUUGUUGCCACGUCGAGGACCUGCCCCAUGGCUCAUCAUAAGUAGUCCACAUCUACUGCCACCUUCGUCGGAAAAUAUCGAUAAUUUAAAGCAACUAGCCGAUGGUCCUGCAAUAGCGCUUGAGAUAAAAAUACUCGGAGCACAACCACAGCCUGAUUGGGGUCAGUUGAUGAAGAUCUUACUGAUGCGGAAACAUAAAAUAUCAGCACUUCUAUUUCAAGAGUUUGUCAAACAGAGCAAUGGCUAUAAAUCUGAUGACAGGUUUACUAGAAAAGAGAAGAGCAAAGUUGAUCCAAAAGAACAGGAGGGUUGCGGAGGUUUUUUGUGCUCCGGACAAACGUGCUCUCGCCCUGCUUCCAGCCCAGCUUUAUGGGCUUACAGUCUUACAUAUAUUUCGAUAAUUGGAGACAUGGAUGCAAUGAUUGUCAUUAUUCCAGCAUUGCUACAAGUUUCUGACUGGUCCAACUGCUUAGACAGACAUCAGGUUUGGAAUCAAAUCAGACCGCCAUGGCUACACGCUCUUGUUACACCCCUAUAUCCCAUGAUGGCACCCAUUGUCACAACUCUGCUGGACGCAAUAAAGACAGGAGCGAGUAUUUACCAAACAAUGUCACUGGCCCUCGCCUGCUUCAGUGAAUUGUACAUUUGCGCACCGGCAGGCUUACUGCGAACAGCUUCAAGGAUAAACAAUAAUAUUCCUGCCAACUGCCACCCCAUAGGCGGUUCAGUGCUUCUCCAAAUCAUGUGCGCAGCUCUGUACACUAGUUUCUCAAAAGUGAAAGCUGACACCAAUACUAAUUCUUCUUCAUCUACUUCAUCGAAUGAACCUCAGCUGGUUGCCGGUGGGCUUGAUUGUAACGAUACUGUUUCCUUGGCCAUUGCUUUGGGUGAAGCCAUCUGCAGCAUCGACGAAGAUGAUAAGCAUACUCUGCAAAUAGAUUCACUUCUCAGUGUAAUCAACGAGAGGCUGGAGUCUGAUGAUUUAAGAUGGCCUGGGAUAGAUCCUGAAGGUCUGCCAUGUGCUGUAGCUCAAGCUUACGCCGAUGAGCUAUUACUCACUUCAGAAGGCCGGCUUGCAAUAAAGGUGAUACAUGAAUACGUGGUCCAUAGCUCGGAUUGGAUAUUAAAUUGUUUGGGAAUUGAAGAAAUGGCGACAAUGGCUGAGGCUCCAAGAUGCAUUCCCAAUUCACCUGGGAAACCCCCACCAGCAAAGCCGCUCUUACAUAUGAUGUUUCAUAUUGGAUCUAACCCAUUCGACCAGCUCUUGGUUGAUUAUAUGCAGGCUGAUUGGUUGAGAGUUUUAAAAAUACCGCAGGCCAUUACCAUUGAGCGUCUUCGCAGUCAAAUUUUAAAGCGACCCGAGUUUAAAGAUACUGUAAAUCUUCCACAAUCUGACAAAGAAGUUACAGAAGCUCUGAAACUGUUAUGCAGCACCAGAAAAUCUAGCCAUCUAAUUUAACGGUUAAUAUUAAACUGAAAUAGGGAAGACAGAGACUGUAGUUUAUAGAAUUCGUUUGCAAAACUGCACUGAAGUGGGAAUAUAAACUAUAUCACAAGGAAACUUUCGUAAUCAAAGCGAUUAUUUAAAUUUCGUAAAUUUAAUUUCCAUUAUGAAAAAUUGUCGAGAAAUGAUACAUAUAAUUUAUAACAUAAAGAGAUUUUGGGAAUGAAUUUAUGUAAUCAUGAGAUCGUACCUAAUCUUUUUUUCUAGUCUUUCUGUUUACGA